UGCUCAUGACGGGCGACGUGAGAGGAGAGAGAUGAAGUAAACUCGGACUUUUUCCACCGUUCAAACCGAAAAUAAAAUUAAAAGAACAACUAUUUUUGGCUCUGCUGAGCGGCUACAUGGAGCUUGUUUUAUAAGUGUCUGUACUCAGAGAGCGGGGAGGCAUUUCGUCGAGUUUUUAAAGACUUUCGGCUGCUGGAGGGAAGUUUAAAUCCAGGUGUUGGUCGGAGGAAAGGUGAGCCGGCUGUCACUUCGGUUUUCCUGACUUCCCUGUUUGUUAACGCGAAAACAAAGUGGGUUGAUGCUACUUUUUUAUCUAGUAAGAUUGUAUCUGCUUGUUCGGUUGUAGUAUUUCGCCGUCCUGCUCUGAACUCCGCUCAGCAGCAUGUCAGACAAGUGCUUCGCAGCGUAACCAGUCCAUCCAGCUCGACGGGGAGUCACGACGGCUACUUCUCUGACUUCCAGGUAAACCGCUGACCAGGUUUGCCGCACCUCCAGAGUUUCCCUGAAGCGGCCACUUGGACAAUAAUGGCUGGUUUUGGCAAUGUCCACAUGAAAACCCUGGAGGACCUGACGCUGGACUCCGGCUACGGGGCGGGGGACUCCUGCAAAUCCCUCAGCCUGUCCUCCUCCAAGUCCAACUCGCAGGCCUUCAUGACGGCCCCUCACCGGGGGAACUGGUGGUACUACUCCGGCUCCAUGAACAGCAGGAACAACAGCUGGGACACGGUCAACACUGUCCUGCCCGAAGACCCGGAGGACAUCUUCUCCAAGUGCCCCCGCUUACCUGACUUGGAAGAGUUCCCCUGGACGGAGGAGGAGGUGGCCAAGAUCCUGCGCAAAGUGGCCGAGAGUGGGAGCGUGAAAUGGGGGCCUCCACCUGUGUUCUCCUCGGAGGCUGUGAGGCGGCUGUCCGCUCUCCUCCGCAGGGCUCUGAUCCGCAUCUCCAGAGAGGCUCAGCGGCUCAGUGUCAUGCACUGCCGCUGCACACGCUUCGAGGUGCAGAGCGCCAUGAGGCUGGUGCUCAGCUGGGCUCUGGCCGACCACUGCGUCUCUGCUACGGUCAAGGCGAUCUCCAUGUACAGUAUGAGCGCCGGCGAGCUGCUGAGGAAAGGCAAGUCCGCCCGCUGCGGCCUGUCCUUCUCCGUGGGACGCUUCUUCCGCUGGAUGGUGGACACACGCAUCUCCGUGCGCAUCCACGAGUACGCAGCGAUAUGCCUGACUGCAUGCAUGGAGGCUCUGGUGGAGGAGAUAGGAGCCCGGGUGCUGAUGGCCGAGAGGGGUCAUUCAGGGCCGGAUUCGGGGUCAGGAUGCGCCCCGGUGAGUGCAGAGGCCUUGGAGGGGGUGGUGAACAAUGACGCGGAGCUGUGGGGAGUCCUGCAGCACUACGAGCACCUGAUCUGCGGGAAGAACGCCAAUGGUGUUCUGUCUCUCCCGGCCCAUUUCAGUCCCUACACAGAGAACCAGCAGACAUCUGUGGACAGCAGGGAGGAUGCUUAUGCCCAACUGGAGCUGAGGACACUGGAACAGUCCCUGUUGGCUACCUGUGUGGGCAGCAUCUCCGAGCUCAGUGACUUGGUAUCCCGUGCAAUGCAUCACAUGCAGCGUCUGAGUUCAGUACGUCCAGGGUUGAGCCCUGCCCGCCAUGCCCGUCCCCAGCAGCCCGUGUCCUGGUCGCCUGACGCCCUCCACACCCUUUACUACUUCCUGCGCUGCCCACAAAUGGAGUCCAUGGAGAAUCCCAACUUAGAUCCCCCACGCAUGGCACUUAGCAAAGAGAGGCCUUUUCUGUUGCUGCCACCUCUGAUGGAGUGGAUGAGAGUAGCCAUAGUCCAUGCUGAGCAUCGCAAGAGUCUAUUGGUGGACAGCGAUGAUGUCAGACAGACCGCCAGGCUUCUCCUCCCGGGACUGGACUGUGAGCCAAGACAGCUGAAGCCUGAGUGUUGCUUUAGCUCCUUCAAGCGUCUGGACUCCAAAGCUGCCACAGAUAAGUUCCACCUAGAUUUGGGUUUUCGGAUGCUCAACUGUGGUCGCACAGAUCUCAUUGGUCAAGCCAUCGAUCUGCUGGGGCCGGACGGGGUCAACAGCAUGGACGACCAGGGUAUGACCCCUCUGAUGUACGCCUGCGCAGCUGGAGAUGAGGCCCUUGUCCAGAUGCUGAUCGAUGCUGGGGCCAACCUCGACGUAGCGGUUCCACCAUGCUCUCCAAAGCACCCCUCUGUGCAUCCUGAUAGCCGACACUGGGCAGCCCUCACCUUUGCAGUGUUGCAUGGACACAUCUCUGUAGUGCAGCUCCUGUUGGAUGCAGGGGCCAAUGUGGAGGGGGCAGCAGUCCGCAAUGGUCAGGAGAAUACGGCAGACACCCCGUUGCAGCUGGCUUCAGCAGCAGGCAACUAUGAGAUGGUGAGUUUGCUCCUGGCACGAGGCGCCGACCCCUUAUCUAAGACCCAUGAUGGAAAUGCUCUUACAUCAUCUCUCUAUGAAGACAUGAACUGCUUCAGUCAUGCUGCUGCACACGGACACAGGAACGUGCUGAGAAAGCUACUGACUCAGCCCCAGCAAAUCAAAGAGGAUGUCCUGUCUCUGGAGGAGAUCUUAGCUGAGGGGGUGGAAGAUGAGGUUGCUGGGAUGUGCCCUUUCCUCCCCCUCUCCCCCCUGCCAACCACUCCCAACGGUCCUGCGGCCAUGCCAGAGGUUGGAAUGCCAAGGCUCUGCAAAGCCAGGAUGAAGGCUCUGCAAGAAGCAAGCUACUACAGCGCUGAACAUGGCUACCUGGAUGUCACCAUGGAGCUACGUGCUAUGGGUGUACCGUGGAAACUACAUGUGUGGCUGGAGUCUCUUCGUUGUGCCCAGCAGCAGUCCAGAGCAGGGGUCACCCUCUCCCUCCUCAGGGAGUUCGCCACAAUCCGAGAAGAGGACUACUGUGAGGAGUUGGUCACCACCGGCCUGCCGCUUAUGUUCAACAUCUUGCGUACCACCAAGAAUGAUGCCAUUAUACAGCAGUUGGCAGCUAUUUUUAGUCACUGUUUCGGCCCAGCACCCCUUCCUGCCGUUCCCAAAAUGAAGGCAACUCUUUCAGCACAGUUGGACCCUCAUUUCCUGAAUAACCCAGAGAUGUCAGAUGUGACAUUUGUGGUGGAGGGGAAACCAUUCUAUGGACACAAAGUUCUACUGAUUACUGCUUCUGACAGAUUCAAGUCUCUGCUGGCGUCCUCUGGGACAGAUGGAAGCCCCAACAAGGAGAUUGAGAUCAGCGAUGUCAAGUACAACAUUUUCCAGAUGAUGAUGUCAUACUUGUACUGCGGAGGAACAGAGUCGCUGAAAACUAAUGUGCCUGACUUGUUGGAGCUGCUGUCAGUUGCUUGUCUGUUCCAGCUGGGGGCUCUACAAAGACACUGUGAACUCAUCUGCUCGCAGCACAUCAACCUGGAUAAUGCAGUCAGCAUCUACAAGACAGCCAAGGUGCACAGCUCAGUGGAGCUGGGCUCAUUCUGUGAAGGCUACUUCUUGCAGCAGAUGCCUGCCCUGCUGGAAAGAGAGGGCUUCAGGAGCCUGCUGCUGGGACCCCCCGGAGUCCGACAAGGGAACAAUUCCAUUUCUACGCUGGCUCACAGUCGGGGUGACUCACCUCUGGAGGAGCUGGAGGCGACUCUGGCUCAACGGAUACGCUCUCUCUAUGUCACUUCUCGAGUCUGAGGACAACAUGGCAGAUGCUGCAGAGAGAGGACAAAAAUAAAUGGAAGAAUGUGGCAGUUGCAGUGGAAGUUUCAACUUAUCACAUCUGAUUCUCUCUGUUAAGGAGCAUCUUCCAUAAUACUCUGACACUGGGGUGCAGAUCAGUGAGUAGCUUGGCAGCAGUUUGCUCUGUGGACAAUUCAGUGUUUCAUGUUUUAUGCCAAAGCAAUCCAUCCUGACAGUUAUUGUAAUGUACAGCAUGUUUAUGAAGAAGAAAAAAGGAUGUGAUGCUUUUCUCCAAAGCUCAGGAAGCUUAAACGGAGAAGCAACAGAUGGAUGCAACAAGUGGCAACUCUGAAAAAUGAGACAACACUGCCCUCUAAUGGACAAUACUGGUAAAAUAAGUAAUUGCCUUGGACGAUUGGGAUCCGUGGCAGCCUCCUGGUUCUGACUGGAGCUUUGUAAAGUUACACUAGACUGAAGCAUCUGUUCAUGUGAGGUGGUCGAGCUGGAGUUUUCAUAAUGCAGAGUGGGAGGAAGGAGUCAGCCUCAGUGCCUCCUACAUUGAUGUAAGCUUUGGAUUAAGUGUAUUUUUUUUUUUUUUUUUUUAAAUGUAAUUGUGUUUUUAUUUUUCCUUUUUUUUCUUUUUUUUUUAAAAGUAUGACCAGAGAAACAAAACACUUACUGAAGAAUGGGAUGGACAUUUUCUAUUUAAUGGGGAAAAAAACAGAUGUGAGAGUAUUUAAUGGGGGUGUUCCCUUUUUAUUUUGUUUUUAACCCAAGCAAAUAAUUAUUGUUUUUAAAAAAUGCUUCUGUUGUUUUUCCAGGUACACUAACAGUUUAUUAAGCUUAUGUAUGCUGAGGUUUAAUGCUUCUUCACAGGUACAGCAGCGGCAGAUCCCAACAAGGGAUUUGGACAACAAAAAACUGUUUUAAUGCUGAAUAUUCUAAUAAACCUGGUAAACAUA